AUGUGUGUUAAACAUUGCGUUGCGAAUCAGUGCAUGAAAAUGGUCAAAAAUCUUGAUCCAGCCAUUUGUGAAAAGCUGACAAAGUUUUCCACAAGCAACAAACCGGUCAGAAAAUACGAACCGUUCAUAGUAGUGGAGACAAACGGUGACAAGCUUUCUGGCUCUUCAGGUUUCAACAAUGUCGCUGGCUACAUAUUUGGGAAAAACUCAACGAUGGAGAAAAUACCAAUGACAACUCCAGUGUUUACCCAAGCAACAGAUCCUCAACUCUCUUCCGUAUCAGUACAAAUUUUCAUUCCAUCAGGAAAAGAUCUCAAUAGCUUACCAAUGCCAAAUGAAGAAAAGAUAAACUUGAAGAAGUUGGAAGGCGGUUUUGCCGCGGCAGUGAAAUUCAGUGGGAAACCAACAGAGGAUAUUGUCAGGGAAAAAGAGAAUGAACUGAGGAACAGUUUGAGUAAAGAUGGACUUAGAGCUAAGACGGGUUGUAUGCUUGCUCGUUACAAUGAUCCAGGACGAACAUGGAACUUCAUAAUGAGGAACGAAGUUAUCAUAUGGCUUGAGGAAUUCAGUCUGGACUAG